CGGAACGUGAAAGAAGUACGUAUGUCAACAAGAAAAUGCAGUUUGCUUACGUGUAUUUAAACUUCCUAUAGAAGUUCAAAAGAGGGCGGAAAGUUCUUCACGAGAAUCAACCGUUUCCAGACAAGCUUCUGCAGAAACAUUAUAGCGAAUAAUCGAGUUGAAAAGACUUGGUUUUAAAAAAUGACCGACUCUGACAGCUCUCGACAAAGCGAUGAGAUUGAAGCCCUAUCUGCGAUUUACGGAGACGAUUUCUUGAUGGUGAACGAAACGGAAAAGCUUUUCGAUGUGCGCGUUCGCCACGAAGAGAACUCAUGGUGGUCCCUGACACUACAGGUAUUGCUGCCGAAGAACUACCCGAGUUCCGUGCCCCCGGUUUUCGAGGUACACGGUACCUGGCUCGGGGAUUGUGAUGAGUUUGAAUUGAGGGAUAAACUGUAUGAAAUCUACCGCGACAAUAAGGACGAAUGUGUCGUGUUUCAGUGGGUCGAAGCAGCUCGAGACUUCAUGAACGAGAAAUCAGUUUUGUACGGAGACGAAUAUGGAGAAGAUGCAAAUGAAGUUGCGGAUGAUGAUCAUGGAAGCCCUCCUAUGUUUGACCAAACAAGUACUCAUGGUACGUCAAGCGUACCGCCGUCAAUAACCUGGCAAACAGACAAGGACCAACCGGAGAUCCUUCACGGGGAACCAAUUACGGAUCGAAAGAGCACAUUCCAAGCACACCUUGCUAAAGUAAACUCUGAACAGGAUGUCAAAGAUGUUUUAAACGAGCUGAAAAAGACUCGUAAAAUUGCAAACGCAUCACACAACAUCUCUGCUUACAGAAUAGCGAAGGAAAAUUCUCAGGUUGUCAUUCAAGACUGUGAUGAUGAUGGCGAAAACAACGGAGGAUCGAGACUUUUACAUUUGUUGCAGAUUUUAAACGUUCAGAAUUAUUUAAUUGUUGUAUCCAGAUGGUACGGGGGCAUUCUUUUGGGACCAGACAGGUUUAAACACAUCAAUAAUUGCGCCCGGAGCUUGCUCAAAGAUGCAAAGGUUAUAAAGGAUAGUUCAAGAAAACAGCCGCAUAAUCACAAAGAAAGUAAAAUAAAAACAAGGAAAAUAAAAAAUAAACAUUGAAUUAAAAAUCCUAUUAAAUUUGUACAUUUUUA